AUGUCCGCGCCGAUCUCCGACAGCUUCUGCUUCCGCAGCCUGCUCCUGCUCCAGGAGUGGGCGGACGAGUUCUUCGGCCCAGGGAAGGGCGACGCGCGGCGGCCUGGCUGGGGCCUGAAGACCCCGGUGCAGCUGUGCCCGAGCGCCACCGGCGUGGUCUUCAAGUUCCGGCCCCUCGCGACGCUGAGCGGCGUCGAGUUUGAGCGGCUGGAGGAGGGCGGGCUGGAGUUCAUCGCGGAGAGGCAUCCGCAGGGAGGCGCGCGUCUGCGAGUCCAGCGCUGCGCCUACGGCUGGAAGGCCACCCUGAAGGAGAACUCGGAGCGGGCCAUCCUGCGAAAGUUCAAGGAGGGACUUGGCAAGCUGUCCCACCUCCAUUGCCGUGGCGCAGUGAUGUGA